ACACUCUCUGACGAGGACAUAUUGUGAAAACGUCAACGGCAGACCCCGUGGGGAGGAGAGACGCCGCUGACCAGUGUGGCUGACCGAGGAGUGACACGGCGACUCCGAGUCAACGACUCGGCUGUGGAUGCAUCUGGUCCGGCGGAAGCGGAGAAGGUCUCUGUCAGCAGCAUGGGGCAGCAUCUCGGAAAAAAAGAGCUACACCCAGACAGUAAGGCUCCGUCGCCAGAACCCGAAGAGGACCAGAAUGAAGCAACAGAGCCUGAAUCACAAGACGAAGUCUUUGGCUUGGGUGAGGCAGAUGUGAACCAGAACAAUGGCUGCAUCUCGGAGAAGCCGGCGGUGACAGACUCCACAGGCACUGAGGGCCCCCACGACUCCUGGAACCCCGCCAGCACAGCUGACCCUGAUGCCGCCACGCCACGCCCCCACCUGGUCCGCCUCUUCUCCCGAGAUGCCCCGGGCCGCGAGGACAACACCUUCAAAGACCGCCCCUCCGAAUCAGAUGAGCUGCAGACCAUUCAGGAGCACAGUGGAGUUGGGUCGGAGAGUGGCUCGGAGGGUGCUGAACAGGACUUAGAAUAGCGUAGCUUUUUUUUUCUUCUUCCUUUUUCCUCUCCUUUCUCUUUUUUCCCCUCCUCCAUCCUUGGCUCUCUUUGCCUGAGAGGCAAGAAA